CUUUAAUAAGGACUCAGAUAUGAUUGCAAGAUGUUUUUAUUCCUUACAUAUACUGAAUUUGACCAUCUCUGUCUCUUUCCCAGGUACUUGCGCAGUUACUAUUUUGCCGUGCGGACUCUGAUCAACAUCGGUGGUCUGCCUGAGCCUCACACAGUCUUUGAAAUCACCUUUCAAUUAACAAACUUUUUUGUUGGUGUCUUUGUCUUCUCAAGUUUGAUUGGACAGAUGAGAGAUGUCAUUGGAGCAGCUACUGCCGGCCAGACGUACUUCCGUGCAUCUAUGGAUGCUUGUGUGGCGUACAUGGUGACAAACCGCAUCCCCAAGCUGGUUCAAAGCAGAGUGCGCACCUGGUACAACUACACCUGGGACUCCCAGGGCAUGCUGGAUGAGUCUGAGCUUCUGGAACAGAUGCCUCUGGUGAUGAGAACAGCCAUCGCUGUGGACAUCAACCUUGCUACUUUCCAAAAGAUCGACCUCUUUAAGGGUUGUGACAACCAGAUGCUUGUGGACAUGUUAUUGAGGCUAAAGUCCAUUGUGUACUUGCCUGGAGACUUUGUGUGCAAGAAGGGUGACAUUGGAAAGGAAAUGUACAUCAUUAAGGCCGGAGAGGUGCAGGUCAUCGGUGGGCCGGACAAUAAGAUUGUGUUCGUGACUCUGAAGGCAGGCUGUGUGUUCGGAGAGAUCAGUUUGCUACAGUCUUCAGCCAAUGGAGGAAACAGAAGAACCGCUAAUGUAGCGGCACAUGGGUUCGCCAACCUCUUCGUACUGGAUAAGAAAGACCUCAAUGACAUCCUGAUUCACUACCCAGAGUCUCAGAAAGUGCUGGCCAGGAAGGGACGGAAACUGCUGAAAGCCAAGGGUCUACCUCCUGCUGCUAAAGGCGACGAGGAAAAGAAGAAAGGACUGGCUAUGUUCGGACAAAAACCUCCCACUCCCAAACUUUUGCGUGCCUUUGCAGGAGGAGUGUUCACCAAAAAAGGCUUUAUGGACAGACUUAAGACUGCUGCUACUUCAGAACAAUAAUCACAUGAAAUACAUUAAAUAUUUCUCUGUGAAGAUUUAAUUCCUUUUAAAAUAACCUACGUAUUUUAAAUGUAUUUAAAAAAAAAAAAAAAACGAGCUUCUUUCCCUGCUAACUUCAGUACUUGCCAAUUAGUGAAUCGUAUUACUAAUUGUAAUACAUGAAUUAU